AUGGGUAUCUCAAACGCUGAGAGUAAGCGUCUCGAUGAGAACUUGUUUGCGAUACCUGCUACGACAGACGCCAUUGGUGAAAAGGCACGAUCCGCAAGCACGUCGUCUCUUGAACAUGACCCAGUUGAGGACAUUGAUCCCAAAGAAGAGAGGGCUUUUGUAUGGCGCCUCGAUCUCUUUUUCUUGAGCAUUGGCUUCGCCUCAUAUUUAUUCAAGUAUCUGGAUCAAGUGAACAUCUCAAACGCCUACGUGUCUGGCAUGAAGGAGGAUCUCAAUCUCUAUGGAAAUCAGUUGAACUAUUUCACAACCUACUUCAAUAUCGGCUAUAUGGUUAUGUUAUUUCCAUCCUGCAUCUUAAUAUCAUAUGUGGGACCUUCAGUCUGGCUGCCUCUUGCAGAAGUCAUAUGGGGAAUAUUGACUUGCUGUCUAUCUACUGUCACCAAGGCAGAGCAAGUAUAUGGACUUCGCUUUCUCAUUGGCUUCUUCGAAGCCACAGCAUGGCCAGCCUACUUCACAAUGAUCAGUCAGUGGUAUAUGCCGCACGAGGUUGCUCUUCGUAUGAGUAUUUACAAUAUCGCACAGCCUACUGGUGCAAUGCUAUCUGGCGCGAUGCAGGGUGCUCUGGCAGAGAACUUCAACGGCGUUUUAGGCCGCGCUGGAUGGCGCUGGGCCUUCAUUAUAAACGGUGCUUGCACUAUCCUCGUCGCCUUGGUCGCUUUCAUCAUUCUCCCGGGAUAUCCAGAACGGCAGAAUCCAUUGUCAAAGUUUUACCUCAAGCCUCGGCACAUUGAGAUUGCUCUGGCCCGCGCACGUCGAGUAAAACGAAAGCCACAAAUUGGCAUCACUCCCAAAACCUUUCUACGUGCGCUCACAUUCUGGCAGUUAUGGGCGUUUGCCCUAGCCUGGCCGCUUGGAGGAAAUUUUACGCCGACCAACUUCUACAACUUGUGGCUCAAGUCAUUGAAGAAUCCAGACGGAACGAAGAAAUAUGGCGUUGGAAUGUUGAAUUACCUUCCCAUCAUCGGCCAGGGCGCUCAGCUCGUUGCAGAAUUGCUAUUCAGUGGAUUUAGUGACUAUUUCGGCACGCGUUUCCCUUUCCUGAUGCUUCACUCAGCCAUCAACAUCACCUCUCUGGCCAUACUCAGUGUACGCCCGAGCAACGAACAUACAUAUAUGGCUGGCUGGUAUCUGAACUACCUCGGAGCCGUGUCAAUGAUGUUGCUAUGCUCGUGGGCCGUCACAAAUCUUCAAGACGAGCCCCAAGUCAGAACACUUCUAUUCGCAACGGGUACCUUUUUCGCCUAUUUGAUGAACGCCUUUAUUCCAAUCGCUGCGUUCCCCGCCAAAGAAGCGCCCAAUUGGAGAAUAGGUGCCAAGUUGUACCUAGGUUUCGCAGUCUUCUCCACUUUCUUGUUUGUGGGUAUCUUCUUCGCCUUCAAAUGGGAAGACAAGAGGAAGGCCACGAAAGCGGUCGAGGACGUAUCAAUCGAGGGCCCCACCACUGAUAUCAAGGACCAUGGCAAAGCUUAG